UCAUGUUUAUAUCUCGCUUACUGAGCAUAACAGUGUCUUGGUUGUUAACAGUUAAUAUAUAAAACUGAAAGUGUACUGUAAUCCUAACUCGGCAAUUGAGUUUCAUCAACAUAGAAACAACAUUUAAGCUUUAUUAAAUUCAAAAUUUUAUCUUAUUUGAACGUCUGCAAGCAAAUUAAAUAAAAAUUUUAUUUAAUUUAGUUCAAUCUAAGAACCAUAUUACUGAAUAAAAUACACAGUAAGCAAUGCCACAAAUCAAUUCAGUAAACAUUAAAGUGGAAGGGAAUUUAAAGCCUUCAGUUCAUCAGACUUUCAUGUGCCAGGAGGAAAGUGGAGCCACAAAAAACCUGUAACUAAGACCAAACUCUGAAUACAAGUCUUUUUUAGUAGGCAUUUUCCUGCAGGGCUCACUCAUCUUCACAGGUUUGUUAUUUUCCCUUGUUUGUUUCGGUACCAGCUGGAGCUUUAUGUGAAAGGAAACACCCGCUGGCCUUCAAGGUCCUUAGUGAGAUCAGACAUCCUCUUUACUUUAAUUAUCUGGAUUGACCUCUGUGUGGACGGAUAUCUCUUAAACACGAGCUGAACUGGCUGCCACUGAGGAUACACGACUGUGUCUUUGUACGUCUUCCUAACAUGAAAAAGCAAGUGACAUUUGCAGGCGGACGAACUCAGACGGUCCGCAGACUCCAUCAGGAUGAUGCUCUGCCAAGGAGUACAGGAAUGAGUGAGUCAAAAAUGGCAUUAAAAGAUGCCAGUGUAAACUUCAGCAAUGGUUUGAAAAUCAACAGAGCACCAGCUGCAAGAGGUGAACCACAUCUCCAACACGUAACCACCAUACAGAUCCCCAAAACCAUGACCACAGCCCCAUUUCUGAAGCAUGCAGCACUAACACCCGCUCAGAAGGACUAUCUGUACACCAUUGCGGCUUCCUACAGUACUGCACAUGUGCGUAACCUCAUCACCCAACACUACAUGAAUGUGCUGCACAGGUGUAUACGAGCAGACCCCAACCCUGAAAGAGACGACCUUGUUGUGACUUCUGUUACUGAUGAGAGUGAUAAACGUCGAUCAGAAGCUCCUUCUAAGGAAAACCCCAAUGAUAAGAUAAUCAAUAGAGCAAAGAAUCCUGGAAAAUCCUUUCUUCCAAAAAUCCCAAACAGACGUACCAGGCUUUCCAAAUCAUCAGAACAAAGAAAUAUGCAGAAAAGUGCAACAUCACCCACAGUGAGAAGAAAAAAUCCAAUAAGAGCCAGGAUCAAGCUGUUGGAGGAGGAGCAGGAGGAGGAGGAAGGACUGGACGACUCUCUGAGUGAAUGUUUGAGUUUACUGUCUUUGGGAGAAUGGGAUGAUGACAUUAUCUCAGAUUUAUUUAUGACACAACAUUUUGUGUCCAUAUAA